CCUUCACCCACUCAACUCCCAAUCCUAGCGGUUUACUUGCUGAAGGUGUCGGGUCAUGGAAUUGGAAAGGGGAAUGGAGUAGUUUGACGGGUUAACGUGGGUAGAGACACGGGAUGGGCCCGGGCAGAAUGAAGGUGGUGUAAAAGUAACAUCACGUUCGCUCAACCACCAAUGACAAAGCCCGCACAAAGUGGAAGUGAAACAUAGACUUGGAUUUCUAGUCGCGACGCAGUCAGCUCAUCGCCAUUUGUCGGCUCAUCGCCACUUAUUCUUGUUACACACUGUACCAGGAUGGGAAGCGAUUAUUCAAAGGACAACUGCGUUCACAAACCACCAAUGGACGAGCGGAAUCUGCAGGGCCUGAAGGAUUACCUGAUCAACUACAACCUUCCCGAUGGGCAUGAGGGUUACAUCAACAUCCUGCUGUACGGUAUGGUAGCGGCUGGGAAAACUUCCAUCAUCAACACCUUCUUCUCCGCUCUGGAUCCAGAUGGAAGGACCGUGACAUGUGUCCCGACCGGGAUGGAUCCCAAUUCUCUCACAUUGGAGCUGAAAACCUACAAGUUGGCGAAGUUAAAGUUUUGGGAUACAGCCGGAUGGAAUGCAAUGUUGAAGUCACAUGUGAAACCAAAAGAGCUUCUUCGCAUGAUACUGGAGGGAAGAAUUCCCAUAGGAACAAACCUGCAGAAUUUCAAACCGACCUUUCCUGAAGAGUAUCCAGUCAUUCCGGGAAAUGCCAUUCACGGAGUUGCUUUCAUAUUUGACAUGACCACUAUGGACAACAUCAGUGGGAAUAUAAUGUUGCGGUUUCAGGAAUUACAGACCAUCGCAGCACAGAUAUGUGGUCACAGGGUUGUGAUUGGGACCAAGUUUGAAAAGUUAGGGAUAAACGAGAAGAACCAUGCGUGGAUUUAUGAAUACAAGCCCCUGCAGCAGAAGUUUGAGCAGUUGUCAGCAUCUACUGGAUUGAAUAAGCAAUGCAUGUUUGUGGUUUCCAAUCAAUGGAAUGGUGAACAUAUCACAAUGAUAAAACGUAUUCUUGCCCUGUAUGCUCUGGAGAACAUGAUCAGAAACAUCGACCGCUCUCUGAAAAUGACAGCGUAAUGUACAGAGCCAAGCGUGUACACAACUGUAGAACUGGAACUCAUACCAACUCCGGACCACAGUGGGUGAACUAGCUCACUUUACAAACUCCAAUGUGUCAACCUGCUGUCUGAUGAAUGUUGAGAAUUUAUCAAUGAUAUGGAUAUAAAGUUUCAACUCACACAUUGCUGUUAAUUAAAAAGACAGUUAUUGCUUGUAA